AUGGUAUCGAGCUACGUCGAUUUAGCUCUUACCAUCUUGAUAGACGUACUAUUCUUUAGAAUAUUCAGCCCAGGGGGUGCCAACUUUUUUUUACCAUUCAAUGAGGAAAACCUUGCUAUAGCUUUGAAGUUUAUCUAUAGGAAGUUUUAUUUGGCCUAUAAAUUAAAGGCAAUGCCCCAAUUGACAGUCAUUGAAGACAGAGAGUUGAGAAGAAAAAGAGAACGAGAAAAAAGAGAACAAGAGCUCCAAAGGAGCCAAGAAAAAGGAAUUGGUCUGGACUGCCUUAAUUCCAACGUUUUAAGUGUUAGUAAUGAAUUUGGUUCUUUUUUGGAUACAAAACAGACUCCAUCGAAAACUUCCUCCCUUCAAAACUUUCGGAGAGUACCAUUUUUUUCUAAAAUAAAUGGAGGAUGCAACAAUAUUAAACUUUCAGUGCCUUGGCUGUAUAGUUACCAUAAAAGGUUUACUCCUCUUCCUGAACCAGAAGUUGACUCUGUCGAAAAAAUUUUGGAGAGAAUGACGGUGCAGUCUGUUUCUUUAAGUCCUGUCGUUUCGGAACUAGAUUUCCCAUCAUUGGAAAAUUUAAGUAUUAACUUAAAGGAUUUGAAUAUAUUAAAGCCUAAAGAAACCAAGGAAGUUGCAAGUUCUGAAAAGUUGCAGUUUUGUUCCCUUGAGACCCGUAACACUAGCGAUAUUGAUCGUAUAACUAGUGAUUCAAGAAGUAUUUGUAAUUAUAUUAAAGCUAAUAGCAACUACAAAAACUAUGACCGCAAUAAUAAUAGUAAUGAUAACAGUAACGUUAAUAAUAUUGCUAACAAUACAAGGAGUUUUGAUAGUAAAAAUUCAGUAGCUCAGACGCCCCUUUCUAUUGCUUGUGACUCUAGUCCUCCUCACGUUUUAAGCAAAAUACUUGAGAAAUCAGAAAAGAGGAAGUAUAUAGAUGAGCCCGCAGGACCACUUUACAGUACUAAAAACAAAGACUCUUCUGAAACCUCAAGUUUAGGCAAGGAAGGCACAAAAGCAAGAGAAGUAUCUGAGUUGCCACCUCAGGCCCACCUUCAAAAUACUCAAAAAAACGACUUCCUUUGCAACGAUGUUCAAGCCAAGAAAGUACUGAAUACUCCUAUUCAGCUAUCGCCGAGUGUUUACUCGGACUUUUUAACUGAGGUGGAUUGUUCAGACGAUAAAAUUGAUUUAGACGGCAAACGUGUUAAGAACGACAAGAAGCGGAGAACUUUGUACACGGUCACCAUUCCUGCAGAUAGAUUGCAGCACCUAAUAAAAUUAUUUGAAAAGCAAGAAUCGGGGCUUACUCUCAUUGAUCAGGCACGCGCUGGAACUAUGACUUUGGACUCUGCGAAAGGUUCACCCUCCGGCAUGGGCAUAAUCGACGCUCCUCCUAACGUAGUUAACCGUACACAUUCUGCGUCGUCAGAAUCUACUACUAAAUCGGAAGUGACUGACAUACGUAACAGAAUUCCUGAACAAACUUGCCGAGAGAGAGUUGAUUCCACAUCUGACCGUCACCCCUCUUUAUACAGAGAGAUUGCCUUUAAUGAAACCUCCAAUGAGCCCCCCAAGUUUUCGCGCCGCUCUGAGCCUAAGAGACCCCAUGUGAGUGAAGAUUACGAAAAAACUUGCCACCCUGAUGGAAGGCCUAAAAAUAAUGGAGAAAAGCACAGAGACAGGAGGAAAGAACUUGAGAGGGGAAGGAGCAAAGAAAGGAUCCCACGGCUCCGCAGGACCAGCAGACCCUUAAGUGAAGACACCGCAAGGGAUGAUAAACGUCGCGCAAGUGCUGUUCCGAGUAUCAAAAGGGACAGAAGCAGGGGCUCAAGACUUGAUAACUAUCGCUCAAAAGGGAAGGAAAAGGACAGGGAAUACUUCCUCUCUUCCAGUGAGCUUGCGAAAGCAGAUCGUUUCUCCCUGCAGAAGAGACAAAACCUUAAAGACCCUUUGAGCCACUCACUUCUUGCAAGGUGCCAGCAUCCAAGUGCGGAAGUGGAACCCUCAUCUUAUUAUAGUAGUUUUGCUCGGGAGCUGAAGCACAGUGCAGACGACUGCAAAAUAGUCAAGGAGAAAUUUUACUUGUACUUCCACUCGUUGCUGUACUUCCUAAUGCAGGCGUACGCUACUGAGAAUGAAACGGAUGCUGUUGUAUCCGCCGAGAGUUCGAUAUUAAGCGCACGAAGCAUUGCCAUUAGGCUCUAUGAGUCCAACAUUGUGUUUUUAGAAUACUUGUCUCGCCAUUUGUUAAAGGCGUUACCGGAAAGUAGCCAACCCCAGGCCCUACGGUCGCUGCUGUUAAAGAUAAGCUCUGUUAUGAACUACCGGAUCGGUCUCCUAAAGGGUUUCUACCACCGGAAGGGGCUCUUCUGCCAGGCAGAACUCAAGAAACUGAUCGCUACGCCGGCCUACGAUUCUGGCGAUUCUGUUACGCUACCAGCUUCCAGCGCCAGUGUUCUUGUUGCCUACGUAAACGAAUCUGUUAACUUUUUAACAUCAUUUACUUCCUGGGUCAAAAGCGAAGAGAUUGUGUCUCCCGAUUUUUUUAAGGCCACCUCGUCUAAAAUUGGCCCAAUUAGCAUCCAGUCGUCACCCCUUUUGGUUCUGCGGCACUGCUUACACGCUAUAAGUUUUCUUAUGGAUUAAACUUAAGAUUUUGUGGCAAAGCCAACUUAUACACGAUGACGGGAAAUUGCUGUCUAUAAUUAUUCGCCGUAACAACGCUUUUGCAAGAUGUAUUUUGGCUCAUUAUUUGGUUCUGUGCCGGUGACACCGAUCCAAGCCAUACAUCCGUGUAUUCAAAACACUUUGUUGGCGUUCACUCAUGGGCGCCACUGGCCAUUA